CAAGCAAUCCUGACUCCAUGGCUGGCCUGCGGACUGGUCAAGAAUUGCAUCUGCCCACGUAACCAACGCUCUGUCCAGUUCUGUCCGAGGGGAAAAGCCGCCCUGGGACUUCCAAAGUACGCCCGUUGUCAUCGAACUGACCAGUCAGCCUUGACCAUUAUUUUGGCCAAGUUGUUCGUUCGGGAUUUUCCUCAUGCCGUUAUGAAGAACAGAAACAAAUUCUAUAGUGUAGAGAGAGGGGACAGGUCAAAUUACUUUGAGGAACUGAAAUCGUUACAGAGGAAAGGGUUGAAACACGAGUAAAACUGUUGCUGCUGCUGCUGCUGUUGUUGUUGUUGUUGUUGCUGUUGUUGUUGUUGUUGUUGUUGUUAUUGUU